AUGCUCGACAAGCUGAAAGCGAAGGCCUCAUCGCUCCGCCUGCGUAUUCCCUCCACCAGCGCUGCUUCUGCAUCUAGCGCUUCCCUAACUUUGGCCCGGCCAAAGUCGGAGGCGCGCAACUCGUUCAGCGACACGGACUACUAUCGACAGACCAAGGAGGAGAUCCACUCGCCUGUGUCGUGGGUGACGCUGUAUGGGCCAGAGCGCGACUCCGCGUCGGCCUAUGAGCCCAACCGGGCAAUAAACGACAAUAUAUCCAGGAUUCAUUUGGAACGCGCACAUACCUUCCAAGAUGGCUUCGACGACGAGGACAACGACGAGGACGAAAAUGACGACAUAAGCCUGAGGUUCCACAACCCUCGCCCUUUUCAAACAAAACGCAACCUCUUGCUCGACAAUGCAGCCCUGCCCACCCACGUCAAUCACAGUCGGACUGUUGUUGCUUAUACCUCUGUCGACGACGACGAUGAUGAUGACAGCGAUCUGAGAUUCCGCAAUCCGCCCGCAUACAAAGGGCAGCUCGUGCUUGCUCAUGACCUGCAGCCGCGCAUCGAGCCUCCAUCAGCCAUUGUCCAGGUCACGACACGUAACUUCAGCGAUGAAGUCGACGACGGCGACCUGCGAUUCCGAGACGGUCUCAAAAGACAGCUUAUACUUGAAGAGCCGGCUGAGUUGUGCCCACGGAAACGACGGGGAUCACUCUGGGUGGAUGGUCUUUUUGUUGACAUGCUUAGACGUUUAUUGGUGCUGCAGGCAACUCUUGACAAAAUACUCCGCAAAGCUGCGCGGCGCAGGGCCAAGGGAAGACCGAUAACAGACGCGCCUGGCCAUGAUCAUGUUGCCGAAACAGACAAUGCCGCUCCGGGGCUGAGCCGGUUUGGCUCGGGAAUGCUGGUGGGCGGGUCCCGUUCCCUCAGAAGACGUCAGCGCAAAGGCAAUCGGGCAAAAGUUUUCGAAGGAAACCUCCGGUCCAAGUCUAUGCCCUCGUUUUUCUGA